UCCCGCGGCCGUACUUGUAACCCAAGCUCCACGGCUUCACACAAGGAACGAGCUCGCACACAUGAAGCGGACACGACCGCUUGGACUACUAUACAACUUAAUAAUGCAUGUAUGUUAGAGGUAGCCAAAGUGAUGAGUUGAUAUCUACAGUAGAUCGUGUUUAGGCUCCAGUGAGAUACCAACCCUCGACAAGAAUCCAGGUUAAUAUAAAGGAGUUUGUGGUUUCUUUCUUUUUAUUCGUGUUUGUUUUGAAUGGGGUAAAGGUCUUCCUAGUAAAAGGUCAGCGUGGCAUCAGGGAGUACUUGUCCUCUAAUUUGUCUGUUUUCAUGAAUUUCACUAAGGACACUUAAAUCACGAAAGCAGACGGCACGGUCGCGGGAUAGCAAGCACUAGUGGCCAACUGGGAAGCCACUACACUUCAAGGCUUUUCUUUAUCUUCUUUAAUUCCAUCCGACGAAUAUACGUCGUAUGUUUUUCCGUUGUUCAUUUUUUCGUGGAAGUAUACCCCGGGAUGCUGAAUGAAUUAAGAAGGAAAAACAAUUUUCUCUCGUAUAUAAUGUAUACUGUCGAAAUCCUCUCAAUUUGGAAGACAAAAUCAUCGAAAUGUAUUGGAUGAACUGUAGGAGAGCAUCACAUUCUCGUUAAAGAGCAAACGCUUAUUGUUUGAUUGUUUCACAUUGAUUCAUCAAGGAGUUAUAAAUUCAUAUUUCUGGUUUAAAGUAAUCACCAUUCUCUUUAAACUUGGCCUAUAUAGUGACGUAUUAAUUUUCAAUGAAAUCUGCAUGAAUAACAUAAUAAUCCUUAGCCGGUAAACGGAUCAAAAGCUUGGAAUAAUAUCCAUCAGCUCCUCCUGGAUCAUUAUGAAACCUUCCUAAAGGAGAAUACAGUGGAUUUUAGAGUUUGCUGUUCAUCUGGGGAUCAUUGUCAGCAAUGAUAAACGUUUAACAAAUAUUCAAACUGAAGAAAAAAAUACCUCAUUGUAGAAAAAUCCUACCUUAUUAACACAAGAGACAUGAACAAAAGCGGAAUCGUCUCUUAUGACGCCUUCCCUUCAAAUUCGACUGUAUUUUGUUUAAGGAAACAUAAAUGUGAAUUCAACAUUGUCUACAAAUCAUUUGAACAGGUUGUGUCAUAAGAAACACACAGCUGUUAUCAUGGUUAUAGUCAUAAUCAUAGGAAAAUGUGAAAAAAGUUCAUUCGUUGCGUCAAAAUGAUGUUACCUUCUGCUUCCCGUAAAAUUGCUCCAGUUUGGAAAGAUUGGUUCUCCUAUAUUUGAGGAUAUCGUAUAAUGAGAUUUGACUUACUUGACCUUUCUUUACGCUGCGAUCGAGUUUGUUGGUUUUGAUCUUCAACCAGCUCAGAAAGCCUGUCACCUGUCUACUUUGCCAAGAGAGUUUACCUCGCUCCCUGUCAGCGCCCAAGCCUUGACAUACCUAGCUAUCGAUCCACCUUGGACUGCAUCCUCAAAUGUAUCGAUUCUUGAAGGAUUGCUUACAUCUGCAUUAUAUUAGCAUACUGUUGUUUAUUCCACGAAGCGAAAUUAAUGAUGACACAUUAUCCCUUCUGUUCUCUCUCGGAACGCAGCCAAUGAAUGAUCUCACUCGAGUGGUUUAUAAAUGCUGGCUCACAUCAUUCUGAGAUAUCAAUAUAGGAAAGGCGUCGGACAAUUAGGUGUCAAUACUUCACGCUCACAUUGCAGUAUAGAUACCAAAGCAAUAAGAUGAAAAUGUGUAUUUUCCAUUCAAUUGUUUAUUUGGAGGCAAGUAACGAUUGAAACAUAUUUCAAAGCGCAUUAUUGACAUUCUGCGAGUCUGAGUUUCAUUUUACCUCUUGAGCUUUCGAAACACCUGCGACAUUCGUGCAAAGGAAGUUACCGAAUACAUUUAUGAGAUAAUUUUGGUGGAUUCGUGUAUCGUUAACGGCAAAACUACCUUGCAGACACCUGCCACGGGAGCUGUAUAUACCAUUCAUCAUUAUAUAUGAAAAAUUAUUGGCUGAAUGACAUUCUUAUAAAUUUCACCCAACUUUAAUAAGCCUCAUCAUAUAUAAGAUGUAAUUUGAAAAUUUGAACAUCCGUCCAUCCGUCACUAUCGGUUAGACGUACCUGUUUCUCUUUCUAAAUCAUCAGUACAUCGACGCUAUAAUAGACUCAUCAAGCAGACACGUUAUAGAAGAGAAAGUAAGUCUUACCACAAGAUGGGAGAUUUUAUAUGAAGUUCACAAGGCACAACCAUCUGUUAUCUUUGGAAGUGUAUGUGAUUGAGGAUCCACACAUUUUUAUUGCAUUAAAAGUGAUGAUUUCUUUUUUUCCAACCAAAAGGGAACAUGAUAUUCUCCAGCGAUUCCAUUUGCAGAUACACGCUAUUUAACGAAUUGGUUUUCCCCUUUUUGUUUGUUAGAGGACACUUCUCACUUUCCAGGAGUUCUUAGCACUGCAAGGAUUCGCGUAUAUGAAUUAUUGACGAAAGAAAACGUUAUGAAAUUUUUAACCUACCUUAUGAUAUUUCGUACAUGCUCUUGUCCAAGGAGUUGAUGGACUUAUUUGCACGCUGUUCGACGCUUUCUCAGACAUGUAAUAAUGAAAUAGGUUACCAAAAAGGAAGCUGAGAAUAUUUCACAUAGAAGUGGUUUCUAAUUUGAUGGGUUUCUUUCCCCCCUUUUCUCUAAAGUAGACGCAAAUGCGAGACGACCUGGGUUCGGAGGGGUCCAAGUCAGACACGGAGGACCGCGGUGGUCGCGUGACUGGGGGCGGCGGUGGCCCAGGGUCUAGUCCUCCCCCUGCGGAACAGAGCCAAAUUGAUGUAGUGCUUAUAGGUGGUCCCGGUGUUGGGAAGACAUCGAUCGUGGAGCAGUUUGCACGAUGUCAGCUGCCAUCUCGAUACCGAUCCACCACCAAGCCAUGCGUAUACACCUCCGCUGUUAUCGCAAACGAACAGAUUUAUGAGAUGAGUAUAGUUGAUAUGCCGGUCAUACCUUAUUCCCCGUUAGAUGGGCGUGCCUGCAGGCGGGCUGCCGCGUCUUGCACAUGGGAAGAACUACAAUCCUAUGCCAACGCCAUAGGGACGGCCUCUGUUCUCAUCUUUGUAUAUGACAUCACUGCACCGGAGAGCUUCCAGUACAUCAAGGAUCUGCGAGAACAUAUUCUGGACUGUUUUGAUUCUGAUUCCAUAGGAUACGAGGUACCCAUGAUCGUAGUAGGCAAUAAACAGGAUUUACAGAGAAUGUCACGGGUACCUAGACGCCAUAUCUCUCAAAUGGUUAGGAAGACGUGGAAGUGUUCCUAUGUGGAAUGUUCGGCCAAGUUCAAUUGGCAUGUUGCUUCUCUCUUCAAUGAGGUUGUUCGGGUAGUAACAGUAGGUGGGAACAAUAAAGAAGGACAAUCUUCGGCAUAUCGGAUACCUCUACGCGCUUGGAGACAGUGCGGGGUGUGUAAUAUAAUGUGAUAUUAAGAAGUGGUCCGUUCUGGUAAGGGACUUGGAGUUUAAGGAUUAAUAAUGAGGUUAUUCAUUCCAUGUCUCCUUCUUUACACAAGUUAUAUUUUCAUUGUUUAGAAAGUGAGUUUAGUUUGUCACGGUUUAUUUCAUUACCUUUGUUUUUUCCCCAAAGAAAAAUGCAGUCUGAUACUCAUAUGCCGUUAUUGUUCGCAGCGACACAACUGUUAUAUAAGUCACUUUUGUAAGUUUUCAGUGAAAACGAUUUGGUAUAACAAGAAAAUGAUAAGGAUGGUACAAUGGAUCCAGGGAUUGAUGUUCUAUAAGGAGGGGUUUGGUGAACAUCAAUGUAACUUUCUCGAACUUGAUAACUUGAAUUGAAAUGGGUUACAUUUCUUCUUUAUUAAUGUAUUUCCUUAUUCAAAGGUAUACUUAUCACAUCAAUAAUUGUGUAAAUCAAAUAUUCAUUUCAAGUGAAAGAAAAAUUAUAUCAGAUUUAUUCAAUGGAUCGUACAUUUUGGAAGUUUUCUGUAAUAAUAACAAAAAUUGAUUUUUUGGUGAUUGCACGUUUGUCAGUUUUAAAUCAAUCAAUCAAUCAAUCAGUCAAUCAAUCAACCAACCAAUCAAUCAAUCAAUCGUGUGCGUACUAUCAUUCUCAUUGUGGAGAGUUUUUAGAUAGUUUGUUCAAAAUUAGUUCAAAUGUGCUUCAUACAUUUUCAACCAAAGAGUUCAAUAAAAGCGUAUUUAUAUGGUAUGUUUCAAAAUGGACCAAGAAAUUAGGAUUCAAUGUAUUUGUUAGGUAUAAAAGAAAGAAUUCAAAUUACGAAUGUACAAGUGCAAUUGUCUUUGUUACGUAAUUAUGUUUGGUCGUUGCGUAUAUAAAUUAAGUAGAUUUUGUUAUUGUCAAGUAAAUAUAAACGCAUAGUAGAGUAGAUAAAAAUCCAAAAGCAAUAUCAUUGAAAUAAAGCACAAUAUGUGCAAUUAUUCUUCUUAUUUGUAGUAUCCUAAAAUACCUUUAGCAAACUGAAGGAUAGAUUUAGAGUAUGUCGAAUAUAAGAUUAUUUAGCUUGCCCUAAAACUAACGAAUGAGGGUCAGUUCUUUUUUAUGUAUAUACAACAAACCCCUUGUUAAAUGACUGUCCA